GCUGAUGACUUGUCCUCUACACACUCGUUCGAUGGGAGACUGCGCUGCACUAAUAGUCUGUCCAUAUUCAUUAGCGCAUCACAUAUCACCAGCAGCUUUCCCCGAUCACCUGAAGUCAUGUCGAUUAGAAUACCUAAAAAAGAAUGAGCAACAAAUAAAAAUAGUCAGAUGCAGUGUUGAUCGGCGCCAUAUAGUACCAGAAGUGGAGCUAGCUUUCCAUGAAAAACACUGUGGUGAUGCAUAUUUUCGACAGAUUAAUGCUGAACUAGUUGAAACAUCAAGUAGUAGUGAAUCCAAUGAAAGCGGUGACAGUGGUACACAAACUAGUCGCUCUGCCACCUCAACAUCUCGCACUUCUUCAUCAUCCCUAAUGGAAAAAGAAGAGCUUUUUCGAAUGAAUCACCAUCUGGAUGUUUAA